AUGACGCCCCCGCCGGCGGCGGCACCAUCGCUGCCUGACGAGAUUCUAGAGGAGAUAUUCCUCCGCCUCCCGCCGGACGAGCCUGCGUGCCUCGUGCGCUCCUCCCUCGCUAACAAGCUUUGGCUCGGCCUCCUCUCCAGCCCUGCCUUCCUCGGGCGCUACCGCGAGUUCCAUGGAGCUCCUCCCAUGCUGGGCUUCCUUCAUACCUGGCUGGAGGGUUGCGAACCGGAGGAGAAAUAUCCCGUCCCCCACUUCACCUCCACCACGAAUUCGCCGCGCGCAUUCCUCAUGUCGACGACUGGGCCGGUACCAAUGGCGCUCGUCGUUUGGGACCCCAUGACGGGCUGCCGGAGGGAGAUGAACUUGCCGGACGUGGUGUACAACAACUACGGGGCUGCGGUGCUCUGCGCUGCGACCGGCUGUGACCACCGUGCGUGUCACGCAGCCCCCUUCCAGGUGGUCUUUGUCGGCCUGAACUUGACUGAAGAAGGUGAAUGUGUUGCCCACGCGUGGCUGUCCUUGCCGGAGACGAGUGACUGGAGCAAGCCGUGCCUUGGUCUUCAUCUGGCAGCUGAUGCAUUCAUCGAGCCAAUGCCCCCUGUCCUUGUUAAAGAAGCACUUCACUUCAUGCUUGAGUAUGAUGAUGAUGAUAGUGUAGCAAUUCUCAAGUAUGACUUGAGCUCUAAUUCCUUAUCGCUCAUUGAUGCGCCAAUUAUGGGGUCUGACGUUGCUGGUGCCACCAUGCUCAUGGCGAUGACAGAUGGCAGUUUAGGAAAGGGCGAUUCUCAGUCAAACGGCACACUCACAAGAUAG